GGUAGGUAAGAAAUAAAAAUUUUGAUCCUAUAAAAAAAAUAUAUAAAUUUCGAUGAACUUUUUUUUGUUGGGAUAAUAGCAAAAUACACACCAUAAAUCCAUAAUCAAAGACAAUAGAGAGAAAACAAAACGAAGUAAAAACAAUGGUGGCGAAACUAAUAGUUUCUUCUUCUUCAAGAUUUCUACCAUUUGCAAGAGCUUUGAGCACUAGACCCGCUUUCUCUCUCCUCACCAACGUCGCCUACCAUACAUUCCUUGGAAAAUCUGCUGUGAAUUCAGCUGUGCAGCAGCAGCAGCGCAAUUACACCGCGAAUUACACCAGGAAUCUGCCUAGCAUAGUCUGCAAAGAUUUAAACAAGAAAAGCCAUCAGGAUUUCAGUUUCAAUUUAGCCAAGCGUUGUUUGGUAGAUGGGCUAAACAGCACAUCUCAGAAAAACCUUUUAUGCUCCCCUGUCUCAACUAGUGCCAUCAUAAACAUGCUAGUCCCUGGAUCCAAAGGAGAAACCCUUUAUCAGUUUCUUGAUUUGCUUGGUUUGGAGGAGGAGAAAUUGAACAAGUCUGCCAUGAGGCUCAUUGAUGCUGUAAAGCCACUCAAUAACGUUGCUGGUGCUCCCCAGAUCGCGUUCAGUAAUAGCGUCUGGCUAGACCAACAAUAUCAACUAACACAGUCAUAUAAAGAGCUGAUAAAAAAUGUUCAUAAUGCUGAUGUUAAGAGUGUCGAUUUCCUGUACCAGGCGGAUGAUGUGAUGCAAGAAGUUAACAGAUGGAGCAGAAGAAAAACUGAAGGGAUGAUCAAAAGUAUUCUACCAGAAACCUCAUACUACAAUGAUACAGUUAUGGUUCUAGCUAAUGCAUUACACUUCAAGUUGGGAAGUUCAGAUGAAACUGUUGAUUCAAAUGAAGCACUAAUGUACUAUUGUGGUUGUUUUGACGGUUCUGAAGUACUUAGAAUGCCAUACAAACAAAGCAACACUACUGUAGUAGAUCAAGAUCCUCGAAGUUUCUCUAUGUACGUCUUGGUUCCAUCGAAUCCAUCCGGAGAAAAUGAUGAUCCUCGUUGGGGUUUUAAACCCAUAAAACAGAAGAAGAGCCUUCAAGAAAUUAUAGAGGAAAUGAAGGUGGACGGAAAAACUGCUUUCGAGAAGCAAAUCAAGAGACAGAUGGUGGAAAUAUCAGAUAUACUUGUCCCAAAAUUCAACCUUGAAAGUGAGAUUUCACUGUCAAGUACUAUGAAUGAUUUAGGCUUGACAUUUCCAUUUAAGGCAGGACAAAAUGAGCUCAUGAGAUUUAUUGACUCUCCCAUUUCAGAUUUACUGUAUGUCACAGAUAUUACCCAGAAGUCGCGUAUAGAAUGUAACAAGGGAGGAUUAUCUUUUUCUGUUGUGACUUACACAACUCUAUGUGGCCCUCAACAUAGGUUUCCAACAUCAUCAAAGCUCAAGUUUGUGGCUGAAAAUCCAUUUAUGUUCAUGAUUCAGGAAGAUAUCUCUGGUGCUGUUGUUUCUGUUGGCACUAUGCUGAGUACUCCUUUGUCUAAGUUUUAGUCUUUGUGCUUGAUCAUUUGAUAUACUAACAUGUUUGGCGUAAACUUUUGAGGUAGCCUUAAGAAAAGUAGGAGUGUUUGGUUAAGUAGUGGUAUGAGUAGCUUUUCGUGGUAGAAGUAGUGUUUGAUCAAAGUUAUAAUUUGUAACUUUUGGAGUAGUGUU